ACAAGGAUGAGCGGGGACGUUGCGAGUCCGUUGAACGCGUAGAAUGUAAACAAACGACUUAGACUACGCUGGGUUUUCCCCAAUACACUUUAAACAUUUUAAAUAUAAAUGUAUGUUAAUAUAUAUUUAAAAAAACCGAAUGGUCUUUUAACGGUGCACAGCCGCACUCCACUCUGCAGCUCGCCGACUCAUUUCUCUGAUUAAAAAUGAUACACCAGAUUCCCUGGAUCUACACACCUGUGCGGACUGUCCUGGCCUUCUGGCAGCAGCUCACCAAAACCCAGAUCCCAGAGCUGACCAGUUGCUCGGUGCUGAUGAGGGAGCGCAGCCGAGUGGAGGAGACCAUCUACGCCAUGCAGCGGGCAGGUGCGGGCAGCCUGCAGGUAAUCUCGGACUUUGACAUGACACUGAGCAGAUUUGCCCACAAUGGGAAGAGAGUGCCCACCACCCACAACAUCUUGGAUAGCCGGUUGUUGAUUGAUAAAGACUGCACUAGAAAGAUGAGGGAGCUGCUGAACAUCUACUAUCCCAUAGAGAUUGAUGCAGGCCGCAGUGCCGAAGAGAAGCUGCCUCUUAUGGUAGAAUGGUGGACAAAAGUUCAUGAGCUACUGAUUCAGCAGAGGAUUAGAAAGGACAUGCUCGCACGGGCUGUCAUGGAAUCAGACGCUAUGCUCAGGGAUGGCUACAAAGUGUUUUUCGAACAUCUGGCCGAGCACCAGGUUCCUCUGCUGAUCCUCUCGGCCGGUGUUGGAGACGUGCUGGAGGAGGUGAUCCGACAGAACAACGUUUUCUAUCCCAAUGUCCACAUCAUUUCCAACUACAUGGACUUUGACCAGACUGGCAUCCUGCAAGCCUUUAAAGGCCAACUCCUCCACACUUUUAACAAGAGAGAAGGCGCUCUGUCACACGCUGUCAACCUCCAGGAGCUGCAGGGUCGACCCAACGUGCUCCUGCUGGGAGACUCGUUGGGAGACCUAACCAUGGCCGACGGGGUGACUGAUCCCCAGAACGUCCUGACCAUUGGCUUCCUGAAUGACCAGGUAGAAGAAAGGAAGGAGUCGUACGUCAACUCCUACGACAUCGUGCUGGUGAAAGACGAGACUCUGGACGUCCCAAACAUCAUCCUUAGAUACAUUACCUCAUCAUCAAGAGUCAAGUAAAACACCCACACAUACAUGCAUGCCGGGACUUGUGCACUCCACUGACAGUGUUGAUUAUUAUCACUUACCUUAAACAAGAACUCCAGACUUGGGUUUUUUGUGAGUAGAAGUGGUUUAUUAAGUGAAUCAAAGAUGAGAAUCUACUAUAUUUUAUUCAUUUCACUCACAUUUUUCUUGAUUUGAUCAUUUCAAAGGCAAAGUCAAAAGGAUUUUAGUAUUUUUGAUUUUCAUAAAUACCUGCAGCUGUUAACCAUCUUAAAUUAUUUUAUUUCCUCUCCUCUUCUUAAGAUGGAAUAAAGACCUUUUUGUUUGAAUUUGUUAUUAUGAUAUUAAAAGUAAUUACACAGUUAAAUGGUGAAAAGUGUCUAAAGUACAUUAUCUACCAGCGUUUUUCUACUGCUGCGUCUGUACAACAGUGACCAAACAGGAACCAGGGAAGUUUGUCUUCUCUUCGUUUUUAUUCAUUUUUAGGUCAAACACUUUUUUUUUUAACUUUGCUGUUUAAA